GCCCGUGAUACCUGGCGGGCAGUGCACGAUGGAAGCUAGCCGCGGUCGGUUGUGGUUGUGGCCUCGCGAGUGAUGUGGCAAUGUUGCCCCGUGCCUUGUUUUGGUGUCUGUGCCUGUGCCUGGGCCUCGGCGGGGUGGGCGCGGCGCGGGGACACCGCGUUCACCACGUAGUGCCUGCCCGGCAUAAACACUCCGAGUUCGUCAAGGGGAAAAUUUGCAUCGGCACCAAUGGGCGGAUGUCGGUGCCUUCGAACCGCGACACUCACUACAGGAACCUUCGUGAUCGCUUCACGAACUGCACCUAUGUCGACGGCAACCUCGAGCUCACAUGGCUUGAAAACAAAUCCAUGGAUCUUUCCUUCCUCGAACAUAUCAGGGAAGUGACUGGCUACGUUUUGAUUGCUUACGUGCAAGUUGAAAACAUCAGGCUUCCCCACCUACAAAUCAUUCGCGGACGGACGCUGUUCAAGCUCAAAGUUAGAGAAGAAGAGUUUGCACUUUUGGUCACUAUGUCUUCGGCGUUUACCCUCGAGCUACCCGCCUUGCGUGACGUGUUACGUGGCAGUGUCGGCAUAUACAACAACUACAACCUUUGCCACGUGAAAACAAUAAACUGGGAUGAAAUAAUUACGGGGGUGAAUGCUUCGUACGUUUUUGUUUACACGUUCAACGUACCCGAGCGAGAGUGCCCCGGAUGCCAUCCGACCUGCGAAGCCGGUUGCUGGGGAGAAGGCCCACAUAACUGCCAAAAGUUUUCGAAAACCAACUGUAGUCCACAAUGUGAUCAAGGAAGAUGCUUUGGGCCGAAUCCGAGGGAUUGUUGUAACACGUUCUGCGCAGGCGGCUGCACAGGCCCCUUGCCCAGCCAAUGCCUGGCUUGUCGGAACUUCUACGACGAGGGAACGUGUUCGCAAGAAUGCCCUUCCAUGCAGAUAUACAACCCGACGACUUAUUCCUGGGACCCAAAUCCAAACGGAAAGUACGCGUACGGUGCAACCUGCGUCCGUAACUGCCCUGAACAUUUGUUGAAAGACAACGGAGCUUGCGUGAGGAGCUGCCCUCCUAACAAGACCGAUGUGAACGGCGAGUGUAUCCCAUGCAAUGUCACAUGUCCCAAGAAAUGCCGCGUUGAAAAACCGAUUCACUCUGGUAAUAUAGAAAGCUUCAAGGAUUGCACAAUCAUUGAUGGAUCGAUUGAAAUAUUGGAGAUGACCUUCACAGGUUUCCAACACGUUAACCCGGAUUACUCUUUUGGCGAACGUUAUUCAAAAAUGGAACCCGACGCACUGGAAGUUUUCAGCACUGUAACGGAGGUGACCGGCUAUCUGAAUGUGCAGGCGCACCACCCGAACUUCACUAGUCUUUCCUACUUUAGAAAUCUAGAAGUGAUUGGAGGGCGCCAAGUAGUUGAGAAUUUGUUCGCAUCUCUUUACAUUGUCAAAACGUCGCUCAGAUCACUUGGAUUGAAAUCAUUGAAAAGAGUGAAAUCAGGUGCCAUUGCUAUUAUGGAAAAUCGCAAUCUCUGUUUUGCUGAAAAUAUUGCAUGGAACAAACUUGUGAAGUCUAAAGACCACAAGCAAAUAAUCCAAAAGAAUGCCGACCAAAGAACUUGUGAAAAACAAAAUCUGGUUUGUGAUCCUGAAUGUUCAGCUGAUGGCUGCUGGGGCCCAGGGCCCGAUCAAUGCCUCUCGUGCGAGAACUUUAUCCUAGAAGAAACAUGCAUUCAGAAUUGUUCGCUUGAAGAUGGAUUAUACACGACUGGGCCUAAGACGUGUAACAAAUGUCACGAGGAGUGUGCUGACGGCUGCACCGGGCCCACCAGAGCCAACUGUACUCGCUGCAAGCAUGUGCGUGAUGGACCUAACUGCAUGGCGGCAUGUCCUGACUCCAGAUACGUCUCAGUGAAUGGCACCUGCCUACCCUGCCACCCAAAUUGUUUCAACGGAUGCACUGGACCAAACAAUACCGUCGGCAAAGAUGCUUGUAAUUCUUGCAAAAAGGCCAUCAUUAGCGUAGAAGCCACAGUUGAAAGCUGCCUCAAAGAAAACGAAACAUGUCCAGAUGGAUAUUACAACGAGUGGGUUGGUAAUGUCAAGCUGUUAGAAGGAAAAGUGAGAGUGGUUUGCAGAAAAUGUCAUCCACUGUGUAAGCAAUGCGUUGGAUUCGGUUUUCAUGAACAAGUAUGCAAAGUGUGUAAUGGUUUUAAGAAAAACGAUCAAUGUCAAGAUGAAUGCCCAGGCGACCAUUUCACCGACAAAGUCAACCGUCUCUGUACGCCAUGUCAUCACGAAUGUAAAGGAUGCACCGGACCCACUUCAAAAGACUGCAUUAAAUGUCAGAAUAUGAAAGUAUACCUCUCGGAAAUAACUUUCAAUUGCACUUCGAAUUGCCCAAGCGACUUGCCACACAAAAUUUACUUUGAUGAACAGCUUCAGAAUACAAUAGAUGAACCGUACUGCUCAUCAUCAGCAAGCGGCAUUCCUUACAUGGCUACUGCUAAAAUUCCUAUAGUUUUAGUAGUGAUACUCGUGUUUGCUUUCAUCAUUUUAGUUAUCUUGGGUAUAAUCGGGUACACAUGCCGACAAAAAGCUAAAGCAAAGAAGGAAGCUGUAAAAAUGACAAGGGUUCUAACUGGUUGUGAAGACAACGAACCACUCAGACCAACAAAUGUGAAACCAAAUUUAGCAAAACUGAGGAUCAUCAAGGAAGCAGAACUCCGAAGAGGAGGAAUGCUCGGUUUUGGUGCAUUUGGUAAAGUCUACAAAGGUGUCUGGGUUCCCGAAGGUGAAAAUGUUAAGAUUCCCGUUGCUAUUAAAGUGUUAAAAGAAGGAAGCGGUGCUAAUACUAGCAAAGAAUUUCUAGAGGAAGCCUACAUAAUGGCCAGUGUUGAACAUCCGAAUUUACUGCAACUACUUGCAGUUUGCUUGACUAACCAGAUGAUGCUAAUUACACAACUCAUGCCCCUUGGAUGUCUCUUGGACUAUGUCAGGACUCACAAGGAGAAAAUAGGAUCGAAGGCUUUUUUGAAUUGGUGUACCCAAAUUGCGCGUGGUAUGGCCUAUUUGGAGGAGAAAAGAUUGGUACACAGGGACCUGGCUGCUCGCAAUGUACUUGUGCAAACUCCAAAUUGUGUGAAGAUAACAGAUUUUGGUUUAGCUAAACUAUUGGAUAUCAAUGAAGAUGAAUACAAGGCAGCUGGUGGGAAAAUGCCCAUUAAGUGGCUGGCAUUGGAGUGCGUACAGCACAGAAUAUUUACACACAAGAGUGACGUCUGGGCAUUCGGUGUUACCAUUUGGGAGAUUUUGAGUUAUGGUGCGAGGCCGUAUGCAAACAUUUCAGCGAGAAAUGUACCCGAACUGAUUGAGAAUGGGUUGAAAUUAUCCCAACCUAGUAUCUGUACUCUUGACAUUUAUUGCGUGAUGGUUUCUUGCUGGAUGUUAGACGCAGACAGCCGACCAACCUUCAAGCAGCUGGCAGACAGAUUUGCUGAAAUGGCUCGUGACCCAGGACGAUACCUAGUCAUUCCCGGUGACAAGUUUAUGCGACUCCCAUCCUAUUCAACUCAGGAUGAAAAGGAAAUGAUAAGGAGUUUGUCUUCAGCCAUGGAUGGUCCCGAACCAUUGGUAGAAGCGGAUGAAUAUCUACAACCAAAGACCAACGAGUCCCCCGUGACAUUGACGACCAACACUUCAGUCACGCCUGGACAUGAAAAUAUGCAAAUGACUACAUUCAAACCCGCUGCUACUUCAUCAUGGGUAAACAACAUAAGUGGUCAAGAAGGUAUCAUAAUCGACAGAACCAGGGCUGGCAAUUGGGACUCCGAUCUCAUGAGAUACAACUCAUCAGUAAGUCCAGAUAGCAUGGAACUCAGGCACUACUACAACAACGGCGUGUGCGCAUCUGAUACUGCCAGCUCCCGAUACUGCAGUGACCCAAUGAAGGUCAGAACGGAUGUCUUGGAGAACAGGUUCGACAGCAUGUCUAGAGUCAGAGAAGCGCAAGUAGGCGACUUGAAGUUGAACUUGCCGUUGGAUGAAGACGACUAUCUGAUGCCUUCGCCACAGCACAAGCAAAAUGCUUCAACUUACAUGGAUUUGAUUGGCGAAGGCGGAGAAGGACAGGAGGCAGGUUAUAGCGGAUUCGUAGCAUCGAAACGAUGUGUAGAUAAUCCCGAGUAUUUGAUGUCGGAUCAAGAGGUGCCUCCGCAAACGAUCGGAAUACCUACGGAGCCAGUUGCGGUGGAGUCUGUGAGCACUUGCGCGGGCAGUGCUGAGCCGUCGCCUCCACAGCCGGGCCCGAGGACGUAUGUGCCGCAACGAUCCGUCGAAGAGGAGUCGAUGUCCGAUCACGAAUACUACAAUGAUUUGCAGCGGGAACUGCAACCCCUGCGACGAGACGAGACCACAGUGUAAGAAAGUGCCAGAACAACCUCAGCGACCUCGGCGACUAAGGCGAGGUACAGCGAGGCAUUGUCUUCGGCAGCGACGAAACAACUACACCGACAUAGUGCCAACGGUGUUCGAGAUAAUUAUGUACGUUAUAAUUUCCCAAUUUAUGACUGUUUUACUUAAAAAGUGCCAUUUUUGCGAUGGCUAGUGUUUUUAGCUUGUUGACAAACUUUUAAUUAAAAUAAAAAUUAUCGUUUUUACUAGAUAUCUAUAGUUACGCAAUUUUUGUUAUUACUUCUGAUUACUUAAUUAUUGUAAAAAAGAUAAUUUGUUAUAAAGCUAUAAUAUUGUAAAAAACAAAUCUUUUCAGGUGCUUGUAUAGAGAAGCACUUUGGAAAUAUUAAGUUAUUUAUUAAUUUAGUUUAAGAAAGGCUAUGUUUACGUUUUUCCCGAAAGAAUAUUUUUAAGUGAACGUUAUUUUAGUUUUUAUAACUGUGAUAAUUAGUUUGAUAAUUACGAUACACUGAAAAUUUUAGUAGCUAUUCGGCUCAAAGUAACUUAUAUCGAAAAUGAUAGUCAAUGUUACUGCACUGUAAAGAUAUUAUAUCUUGCAUUUAAACACAUACACUUAUGUGAAUUUAGUUCCAGAAACCGAAAUGUCUGUGUUACGUUAUUUUCAACAAAUCCAUUGUAGGUCCUACCGUCGUAACUAUGUCGAAUGAAUUGGUCUAGAGGAAUGUAUUAACCUCUUAUAUGUCUAUUUAGAAGACUUUAGAAGUCUUUUUUGAUGUAUUAAUAAAGUAAGUACAUUGGUGUUUACACAUUAAUUUGGUCUUAAGAGGAAUGUGUUAUACCUCUUACAUGUAGUCGAUGUAUUAAAAUUAUAUUUAACUAAUUGCACUUUUUAAACGAGAUAUUUGGGCAGAACAUACUAAGGUCCUCAUAAGAAGGCUCAAAAUCUCUAGGCGCGCUAUGUAGCGAACUAUGCUCGGUGUAACUCUGCGUGAUCGAAUCAGAAAUGAAGAGAUCCGCAGAAGAACAAAGGGAUAUUGUUCAGCCAGUCGCAAAGCUAUAGUGGCGAUGGACACAUAGUUCGCUAAGCCAUUGGAGUUGGGAUUCCAAGAAAUGUUGACCAAGCACCUUACAGCUUAGUGUUGGUUAAUCCUGCUCUAGCUGGAUAUCAAGCGGGUUGCAGGGAGUCGCUGGAAUCUGCAACUCCUUGAAAGAGGCCUAUAUUCAGCUGUGGACGUACAUCGGCUAAUAAAUAAAAAAAUGAUGAAAAAAUAAUCUUCAAAAAAAAAAAAACAAUAUCAUACAUUAUUGGUGUUAGAUAUAUAAAAACUUAGUAUUAAUAAAUUACAACACGUUAUCUGUUUAUUUGCAUAGUUUUUUUUUUUCAAACUACGCAACUGAUUUGAAUGCCGUUUAUAUCGUCGUACGUGAUACCUAAUACUGUUUUAUGUUUAAUUGGUACCUACUUAAUUGCAUAUUCUAAAUGUAUUGUGCGAUCUUGCCAAUUUGAGGACAAAUUACCUAUUUGAUUUUUAUUCGUAAAAAAUUGUUGUUCCCAACAAUAAUAGCUACAGUUUGUACGAAAUAUAAAAAUAACGACCACACAGACAAAAAUUCAAUGCGAAACAAAACGUGGUUGCUAUGAUAAAUAUAAGUUAUAGCAAAGCAACAAAAGACAUUUUGUAAUUACAUAUAAGAUUUUUUUUUAACAUAUUAUUUUAUAAUUAUAGUCAAAGAGCACUACUUCUACUUGCACAAAUAAGGGACUAAUAAAUUAUUAUAAAAAGCGUCCAAAGUAAAGGUACCAAUCUACCUACAACUUAUCACGAGAGUCGUCCGAAUUGUUGACGGUCGACGCAUGACUGGCUCAUGUUUUAUUAACUAUUUUUAAUUUUUAAUGACGUCAUAACAAAGCCGUCAAAAAUUGAGGUACCUACUAAAAAUCAUUUAUGCAACGAUGUAUAUUCAAUAUUCAAUAUUUUGUUCCACAAUUACAUUCACGAAAUAACCAACUUUGCACCCUUCAAUGGUUUAACUACUUAAUUAAAAAAAGAUUUCUACUUUUUAUUUUUUGUGUAAUAUUAUUAAGUAAUAAUAAUAAUACUAUCAAAUAAUUGAUAGGUACAAUUAUGAAAACAGAGUGCCAAAAUACUUGAAGCUGUGGUCAUGUAUUGCAUUCAUGGAUGCAAUGCCAUUGUAAGACUGAUUUCUGAUUAACGCACUAUUGUAAAGCAAAAUUGACGCUUGUUAUAAAUUUAUUAAUCCCUGAGAAAAUGACGCUCAAAAGUUUUACAAACCACGAAACCACGUACUACAUAGUGUAUAGUUUUUAUUUAAUAUCAACCAAACUCUCGUUUGCCAUGUAAAAUGUAAAUAUUUCAUUAUAAUUAUGUAUUUGUACAUAUGUUUAUAGUUUAAGUUAAAGAAUAUUAUAUUAAUUUUAUGAUUUAAAUUUUUAACAAAAAAGCAGUUUGAUGAACAUAGGCAUAUAACCUCAACCUAUGUUACUUUGUAGGUACAUAACAGAUUAUUAUUAAUGAAAAUACAUCAGCUGUUGUAUUACGAAACUCGAUCACGGUGACAAUACCAAAUUUAAAAAAAUGAAGUUUCUUUAUUCACUUAACCUACAAUGGGUAUUUUUGACCACCUUAUAGAUGCAUUAACGCUUUGCCUACCCUCAGGGCUCAUUAUACCACUGUAUUGGAGAAGAGAACUUAUACGUGUAAUGCCUACCCUAGUUAAAGGUCUUUUGCACGCCACUGGCGUGGGUCUUUACACACAACGAAUUUUUUUAAAGAAAAGACUAUUAUCGUACCCACUCCUAACAGUCUUUCCAAAUAAUUGAAGAGGGGGCGGCACUGUUUGUAAUAUUUAAAAAUAUAUAUAAUUAAUAAAAUAAAAAUAUAUUAACUGAGUUAAUAAACUCAAUAAUUAUAACGGUUUUUAAUAGUUAGUAAAGUAUUUUUAUUAGCUUUGCUCAUAGUUAGUAAAGUAUUUUUUACCCGUUACGGGUAAAAAAUGGACCUGACCUGUGUGAUUCUAAAGACAUUGCCAAUUUAAAAAAAAACUGUGACGAUGUUUCGUAAUAGGACAGCAGAGCUGAAGAGCUGUACACUGUGCCAUUAAUGUAACAAAUUUGUUUAUACUUAUUCACUGUUUAAAACUGAAUACAUAUAAUUUUCCAUUACCUACUUUUCAUACGUGAGCUUUUUAUUUCAUUGUAUAACGCCUACGUAAUUUCAUCUUAACCUCUUUGACACUAAUUAAAUGAUUUAUUUUUAUAUUAACAUAGUCUAUUCGGGGAACAUUUCUACAAGAGAUUAAGCACCAUUAAGUUAAUUGUUUGUAAGUAGCUUAAUUUUGUUAAGACGCCCAACUUUUUUUUUGUACAAAAAUUCUAUAUGAUGGUAGCUAACAGGGUAGCAGGGAUGGUUAAAAUGUAUGUGAAUAAAUAACAAAAUAUCACGUAAUUUGUUUGACAGUAAAACAAUAAAUCAGUGUGCCUAGUGCGAGGUUUUUCAAUAUUUUCAUACUGUUACUAUCGUGAUAACGUAAACGAGAAUUUAUAUGGAAUUGAAAUUGUUGCGCAGUAGUGCCACUACAUGGCGCUGUUUCGAUUCCUUCGAAAUUCGCGUUUACGUUAACGCGAUAGUAACAGUAUCAUACUGCCACUAGGCCCUCUGUAAAGAAAUCAACCCUGUUAGCAACCAAACUUGAGAGUUGAUGACGUAAAGACAAAGCUUUUCACAAAAAAAUAGCUUGUUCGUAGGUAAUGAAUUGUAAAAAUGUUUCUCGGAUUCUAGACUAACUUUAUAAAAAUAAUGAAUUCAAAGAAAAUAACUUAGAAAGUCAAAAGGGAAAAAUUAAUUAUUUAGGUUCCUAACAACGUCAUUUUCAAAAGCUCUCUAUGACCAUUUUUCAUUACACCUUCGAAUAUCAUUGAUGGAUUUAAAUUUCGUUUCAUAUAAUGUAUACCUUUUAUUUUUUAUUCGAAAUUGUACGAAAUAGAUUGAUGAGUAAUUUAUUUAUUGUAUUACAUCAAAACACAUAUCAUCAAUGCAUUAUUUAAGCCAAGCAUAUCUGUCUACACAAGUGGAUUAUUUUAUGAAAAAUGCCUAGUAUAUUGAUGACUGUACCAUAUUCUAAAAAUGAAAUGACGAUAUCUAUAUUGUAACUUAAAUAGUGGGAAAGUAAACAAAUACUUAAAUAAAAUAUAUCGUUUUUGUAAUUCCAAGAUACCUAGGUACCUUAUUUUUACCUGACUUGUAAAUGAAUUUAUACGAUUUAUAAUUAUUUGCUUUUUAUAUUAAUGAAAUAUAAUUAUGUACUUUAAAGUUGAACUGCAGACAGGACUUUGUACUUGUUUUAUGUUUCGUAAAAGCAGCUACUUAAUUAUGUAUUUAAAAAAGAUAUUAAAAAAUUACCUUUUCAAAUGAGCGUUUACACAAAUAUAUUUUAUAUGUGUCUAUUAAUCUUAUAAUAAAUAUAAGUAGGUAUACAAAUACUAUAUAAAUUAAAUGUCAUUGAAUGUACUGAGUUUUAACAUUGUAAGAAAUUAAUGUUUUCUUUAAUAGCAGGGUCAUGACUUCGGAAUUAGGAAGUUAUCGCUGAGAGCAAUCGCAAAUUGCUGCUAAUAAAAAGCCAUGGCCACUUUUUAAAUCAGUUAACCGAGUACGUGUGUUCUCUAGUACUUUCGUAUAGAGACGCAUAAUCGAUUUUACUUAAUAAAAUCAUUUCUUUUAAAUAGUGGAUUGAUUUAAAUUGAAAUGCAGUUUACAACGAGCAUUAUUGUAGUGUACACUAUUUUUAAGUCGUUCAUUAUUUAAAUUUAAGUAGACUUUAUAAGUAAGUAUCGAUACUGAAAAGUUGGGAGCACACCGUUGCAGUCCACAAAAAGGCAAUAGAAAUUAUGGUUACUGUCAAAACUUGUUUUUUAUAUCAUCAACGUGGGCGAAUCAAGCACCAAAUAUAAUAGGCAUGUGCUUCAUCAUAAGGUUAUAAACAUUAUUAAAAUGACAUUUAUUUGUAGAAAGUUAAUUGAAAAAGCAAAUGGAAAUUGAUCCAUAUAAAAAAAUCCCAAAUGUCAUGUCGAUUAAACACCUGCACCUAACAUGGGACACCUUGGAUAAGCAAGCGCGUAUUAUAUGUUCCCGUAUCCAUCUUUGCUGUAGCUCAUUGUUUCUCACAUGCUUUUCGAGGCCUGCCUCUGCCGCGACGACCUCUUCAAUUUCUGACGUUAUCGCGUCAUCUUCGUCAUGAGCGCCCGGACUGAUACACUCAGACCAAAACAGUCUUCCGAGUCAGAGUCCCAGAAGAGAGGCUCUUAGAGUCGUUCCGCCCAUCUCUUCUGCUUCUGCCUUUGGACCCAUCAGGCGAUGCUUCUGCGCUCGCGCAUAACACCCGGUGACGCUGCUGACCCUUUGACCGAGCUGACCAAAGAAGCCUACAGCACUUAGUCUAUCUGAAAAAAAUAAUCAUAACAUGUCUCUGAGGCUGAGACAGAGGAUCACAGGAAACUUUUAUUUUCCCUUUCUUAAAGAGUCGUUUAUUCUCCAUACGUUUUAUCUUGGUCAUGUCUGGCAGAGCUUCUGGACUUGUCCUGAGACGACGCUGUCGGCCAAUUCAAAGCAUGAACUAUUACACAACUAAAAAAUCGGGGUUUUAACUCUGUUGUUCGCUCACUCGAGUAUUGCGACGGUUUGCAAUCAACUUUAAAGGAGAAGGUCCAAAAUUGUGAGGCCUGGUGUUUGUACUGAUACGUAAAUAAAUAAUCAUAACAUUUUCAACUAUUUUUGUGCAUUGUUGUAAUUUUUUCUUUAAAUAAAUUUAAGUAUUCUCUUUUAUCUCCACUUCGUGGCGAGAAUACUUUACGUGUUGGACAGCCAGGCUGAUCCAGGCAAAAAAUGAGCCAGCUCUUCCGUCAGCAGUCGAGUUUUUGGCACUGCGACUUAUGGUCUAAGAUUCUCCACGACAAAAGAAAGAAAUAUGUAAAAAUAUAAGUUAUUUACUCCAAACCGAACAAGAGGUAAACUUGUGCCACUUACCGGUUUCGGCUUUUUCUGCUGCGUCUCCCGGUCUUGAUUUUGUAAUUAAUCAAAAUCGCUUUAUUUUUUAAAUUUACUGGCAUAUAGUACAUAGACCUGGUCUGAAAUGGACCAUCUCCUUUUAUAUACCUACUUAUAAACAUAUUCCAAAUGUAGGUAGAUUUAAUAUUGUUAAUAGUCAUCCUAUUUCACCAACAAGUGUCAGUAAUGGUACCUAGUGUGGAAACAGUGUUCGUGCUUACCCACACAAAAUAAAUCCCAAUAUCUUCAAUCAACAAUCUACCGAGUUGCAAAUGUAGGUACCUAAGCAUCUAAUCCGUGAGAUAGGACGACUAUUUAAAUUUUAUUACUUGUAGCUGUUUUAUUCGAAAUUUAAAUGUUUUUCAAAAAUUCUAUGUGUCUAGUUAACAAGAUAUACUGAAUGUGUAGUUGUAGAUACAGGAUGCAAAAGGCCUGACCUGAUAUAGCCUGACCAGAAAAAUAAGACAACUUGCCAUAUUGCGGAUAAAAAAGGAACUAAUUUAUUCCAUUAACAUAAGGAGGGUAGGUAGAACCUAUGUUGAAAAAGUGCCCAGCAGGAUACUAAUAUUUCACAAAACCUUCUAGAAUGGAAUGUGAAAAUAGGAAUAAAUGUAGAAAUUAAAAUACGCAGAGUCAAAAAAUAUAAUAUCAUUUGACUGAAGUAGUUAAUUAUUUAAUUUACCCUGAUUCUAAAGUGUCGUUCUUUAACGCAUUUAGACAGACUCUUAUUUAUAUACUCAGAUUCUCCUUACCUCUACACUCCAUACAUACUAAGCUCCGAUUGCUAAAUAAUACGUGUGGCACUCUCAAUCCAUUAAAUUAUAUUUCUGGUCAGACUAUAAAUUUACCCUAAUAAAAAAAAGAUGUUAAA